CACUGAAUCCUGUCCCAUUCAGCAAACUCGUCUGACGACAAAGGAGCACAGCUUUCAAGACACAAAGGAAAACAUUUUCGACAGAAUCAUCUACCCACAAUGGUUUCAGCUGGAUUCCAGAUCCUGGGCUCUGCUCUGGGGAUCAUAGGCUGGAUUGGUGUCAUCAUCGUGUGCGCCGUUCCCAUGUGGAGGGUCACUGCUUUUAUCGGCAGCAACAUUAUCACAUCGCAGACCACCUGGGAAGGUAUCUGGAUGAACUGUGUGGUCCAGAGCACGGGCCAGAUGCAGUGCAAAGUCUACGACUCCAUGCUGGAGCUCUCCUCCGACCUACAGGCGGCCCGUGCUCUCACAAUCAUCUCCAUCUUGGUGGGCGUCGUUGCAAUCCUGCUCUCCAUAGCAGGGGGAAAGUGCACCAACUGUGUAGAGGAUGAGCAAAAAAAGAUCAAGGUGGGGAUUGCUGCUGGUGUUAUGUUUAUCAUAGCUGCAAUCCUCUGCCUCGUCCCUGUCUGCUGGACGGCCCACACCAUCAUCCAGGACUUUUACAGCCCACUGCUGGUCCAGUCCCAGAAGAGAGAGCUGGGGGCCGCGCUCUACAUCGGCUGGGGAGCGGCUGCCUUGAUGCUGAUCGGCGGGGGGAUGCUUUGCAGCAACUGUCCCAAGAAUGAGGAUACCUACACUGCAAAGUACAAUGCGGCCGCCAGAUCCGAGUACACAGCCGCCAGAUCCGACGCCUCGGCUCCCCAGUCUGGAAAAGGCUAUGUCUAAACCGGCUCUGGCUGGGACAGAUGAACUGGUGCUGCUGGGUUGGGAGUGACAGCGCUAAAAACUUUAUCAUAAGAACCACACCCUAAGAACAAAUUUCAUUUUAUAUGUUCAUUACAUGUAUUUAUGGGUACUGAAUAUUGUAUGAACAUUAGUAGGUGUGUCUUUAGCUGUAUCUGUUUUUUACUUUGUAAACAACACAAAAAAAAAUUAGUUUGGGAAUAGUCUGUUUUGGUUAUGUGUAUGUUGAAACUUUUUAUGAUCCAAGGGUUUGUGAUGUUUUUAUGUGACAGGCGUGAAUAAAUAUGUUAUUGUUUGUAUCUAAGCUUGUCUGCCCUGUUUUUAAUUUUUCACUCUUUCACUGAGUAAGAUACAUUGUCUAUUUGAACUAUCUCUAUGGGUUUUAUUGUAAAUGUUGCUUUUCUAAUAUUAAUAUAAUUUUUCUACAAAUCCAAUAUGUCAUAGCAGAGUUUUCAUCAAAACAAAGAUCCAUCUGAAAAUAAAUACCUUCAAAGAGUG